AAGCGGUUCAAGAUCAUCGCAACUUCUCCACCAUGGCCAAGAUCACGAAGCGCAUGGAAAAGCCGGCUGGCCCGCCGUCGAAGAAGAAGACGGUUCCUGCGAAGGGCAACAAGAAAGAGCGCCCUGUCAUUAAAGCCAAGCGCCAAAAGGCGAGCGUGGCGCGUGCUGUGAAGAACAAGGAAGCGAAGCUGGUCGAAAACACCAAGCAGCUGCUCGUAUUGCGCGGCAACAAGACGAACGAGUCGGUCAACCAACUCCUUCGCGACCUCAAGAUGAUCAAAGCUCCCGAUGCCAAGGUUCUGUCCAAGAAGAAUGAGCUCCAUCCGUUCGAUGAUCCCAACAGCAUCGAGUUUCUCACGCACAAGAACGACACGAGCCUGUUUGUGCUCGGCAGUAGCACGAAGAAACGCCCGAACAACAUCAUUUUCGGUCGCACGUUUGACGGACACAUCAUGGACAUGUUGGAAAUGGGCUUUGACAACUUCAAAAGUAUCGACGAAUUCAAGUGCAAGAGCAAGAUGGCGCCAGGGUCCAAGCCGUGCUUUUUGUUUGCCGGCGCCGAGUGGGAGCAGUCUGAGCCGUACCAGAAGCUCAAGAAUGUUCUCGUUGAUAUUUUCCGCGGCACCAUUGUGACGGCCAUUAACUUAAAGGGUCUCGACCACGUCAUAGUGUGCUCGGCCGCGAACAACCGCGUGCUCUUCCGACACUACUCGAUUGCGUUCCAGCUGACCACCGACACACACCCUCGUGUGGAAUUGGACGAGAUGGGACCUCGCUUCGACCUGUCCUUCCGCCGACACAAGUUUGGAUCGGCCGACAUGAUGAAAGUUGCAUGCAAGAAGCCGAAAGAAUUGGCCCCGAAGAAGGUCAAGAACGUCUCGCGCGACGAACUCACGGGCGACAAGAUUGGUCGCAUCCAUCUGGACAAGCAAGAUAUUUACAGCAUGCAAGUGCGUCGCGUCAAGGCGCUGCGAAAGUCCCCUGGCGACCUCAAAAAGGCCGAUGCUUCUGCCGACUAAACGAAUUUUAUCCCAUUUCCACCGCUUUCGAUC